ACGUGUUUUUAUUGGAGUUCAGGGGAAGUUUUUCCCCAUUUCACUCACUUUUCUUCAAAGAUCAGAUAUGAUCUAAGAUCAGAUCAGAACUGACAGUUGAUAUGAUUCCUUGCCCGUCCCAUCCAGAUCCUGAUCUGGAACCUGGAGAUAGGUGAGCCGGUGAAGAUGAUCGACUGUCACUCUGACGUCAUCGUGUGCAUGUCCUUCAACACAGACGGCAGCCUGCUGGCCACCAGCUGUAAAGACAAGAAGCUGCGCGUCAUCGAGCCGCGCUCCGGGAGAGUCUUACAGCACGCCAGCUGUAAGAACCACAGGGUGAACAGAGUGGUGUUUCUGGGCAACAUGAAGAGGCUGCUAACGACAGGUGUGUCCCGGUGGAACACCAGACAGAUUGCACUGUGGGAUCAGGAGGACCUGUCUAUGCCCAUGGUAGAAGAGGAAAUAGACGGUCUCUCAGGGCUGCUGUUUCCUUUCUAUGAUGCAGACACACACAUGCUGUACCUGGCAGGAAAGGGCGAUGGCAACAUCCGUUACUAUGAGAUCACCACAGAGAAGCCAUACCUGCAGUAUCUCAUGGAGUUCCGCUCCCCUGCCCCACAGAAAGGCCUUGGUAAGUGACAGACUCACCGGAGG